AUGGGUGAUCAUUCUCGACAAAUUUUGCGUUCGAAUCGAGAAUACUUUAAUUCUCCACGCAUGGAUAAAGACGAAGUAAGACGUGGGCGUCGAUCACUUCAUUAUGGUGGCAGUAGCUCUGUGUCACAGAAUGAAAGACCAAACAGUGCAGUCGUGACAAUUAUGUCUCGUCCAACUGUUAUUUUAUCAAAGCGCAAAGACGAACCAUCAGCUGCUGAUAACGUCGAAAAAAAGAGCAAAACGAAGUUACACUCGGAUCAUUCAUCUCAAGAACCAACUCCAGUUGCAAAUGAUACUCCUAAUUUUUCAACGCCAUCACCUGGUCGACCGGCUAUAUCACUUUUAAGUUCUGCACUUCGAUCAGAUAAAAUGCGAAAAGCUCAUGGUUUUGCAGCAUUCGCAAAUUCUGUAGAACAUUCUAUGGGUCUUAUGAAAGCUGCUGUACGGUUACUUUCAGAUGCGAUGGAUUUCACUGAUGUAGUUGCGGAUUAUUUAUCCACGACAAAUACAAAUUUUACGGUUAUUGGUAUAAUCGGUUCACAAAGUUCGGGCAAAUCGACACUUCUCAGUAUGAUAGCUGGUAAUGAUCAUCUGGAUAUGUAUAGGCAUGUAAUAUUUGUUCAGAAAUUGCACUAUGCGUUCCGUCCAGCAUCUCGCGAGGCAGUGGAAACUUGUCGUUUUCAGUCUCAAAAAAUAAACAUUUACGUAACCAAGUCACGGUUGAUUUUACUAGAUUGUCAGUCUAUUAGUUCCGUUUCGAUUCUCACCUAUCUCAUUUCAACAUCAAUGGAUGCGAACCGUUCUUCAAAUUCAAAAAUUUCGGAAUUCUGUCGAGACUUCCCAGCGAUGACUGGAGAGAUUGAGAGCUUAUGUUUAACAGCAUUCCUUCUUCAAGUAUGCCACACUAUAAUACUUUCUGUGGAUUGGUUUAUUGAUAUUGAUUUAAUUCGGCAUGUAAGAACUGCGGAAAUGCUUCGCGUUACGACAACACAUUAUACCCCUGAUGUGGUUAAAUACAAGCCGAAUCGAAAAAUUAAUCUUGUGGUUGUUCAUCAACGAGCGAAAUCGGAAGAUUUUACUCCAGGAACUGUGAGAAGUCGAAUUAGAAUUCUAGAAUGUUUAUUUAAAGAAUCUCAGUUGAAUGUCAAAAGCGGUAUUUCUUUGGGUAGUCUGGGAUUCAGGCCUUAUGAUGUUAUCAUGCAUGGCGUGAAUUACAUUUUGCUCUCAGAAAUGAAACCACGAUUAAAAUCUGAAGGAGGUGGUGCACCUGUUAACGAUACGGGCCCCUUGUUAACAGUUGUUGAAUACGAGUCCGUCAUACACCAGCUUCGAAUCCGGUUGUUGUCGUUGCCGAAGGAACCAUUUGUUAUUGGAAAUCAACCAUUUUCAGAAAUUCAGUGGUACUAUUUUUAG